CGACACUCUUCGCCAUCAGAGCGCACAGAGACAUGAUCUUCAAGACCGCAGCACGGGAGGCAACGUAGCAGCCCACAUUCCUUCUGCUGGUGUUAUGCGGGGAUUUGACUAUGCUGGUGCCAGCAGUAGUAGUCGAGUAAAACGACCUGCAGAGCAAGAUGAACAACAUCAC